UUUGCAGAGUGUCGUUGGCAAAAAUUUUAUUUUUAGAAAUUUUCCAAUGGCCCCGCCGUGUCCAGUUUGUCAGGCUCCGUCAAAUGGAUUUCAUUUUGGAGUUGAGGUUUGCAGUGCUUGCUCCUCGUUCUUCCGCCGGGCAGUGUUCAAAAAUCGAAAAUUCCGAUGUUACGGCGAACCUGUGAACAGCUGUGAAGUAAUUUCAACUGGAAACGCGCUUUGCAAAGGCUGUCGGCUCGCGAAAUGCCUGGCAGUUGGGAUGAAAAAGGAGACUGUUCAGCAGGGAAGAGAGAGCUAUGGAAAACGAGAAUUGGCGCUGGUUUCUCUGCAGAGAUCUUCUUUAAAUAUUCGUCUUGAGUUUCCAGUUCCUUACUUUAUGAUGGAAUCCGUUAAAAACCAGUACACCCACCUGGAAAGUGUCCGGCUAGUGGUGCAUCUCAACGAAGGGGCCAUUGCUACCCCAAAACGACAUACCUACAAGGACACCGAUAAACUGAUGUUCAGGGAGUAUGAUGUGGUUACUCGUUGGGUUAUCAACUCAUUCCCACAGCUAGCAGACUUUCCUAGUGAUCAACGAACCAUCCUUCUAAAACACUUCUACCUUCAGUUUUUCAUACUGGAAAGUGGAUUCAUUGCCUGUAAAAAGGGUCGGAAUGAUGUGUGGUUUUUACCAAGCGGAGAUUAUAUUGAUUGUAAGAAUCUAGCAAGUUUCUACAGAGAUCCGACGCUUACAAAAGUAACGACACAGCCAACGCCGCCGGAAAAUGCGGCAAAAGUGAUGAAAGGAACGUGUACAGGAUGCAGAAGGAAGGUUUGGAAUACCAUGUUAAAGGAUAAUAUCGACCAAUUCGAGUUUUUUGCACUUUCAGCUUUGAUCCUUUUUCAGACAGGCCUGGAAGGUCAAUCGGAAUCCUGUAUGGAGACUUGCAAGAAAAUCCGAAGCACAGUGCAACGAGAGCUUCUACAGUACUACGCGGCAAAAAACACUGAUACGAUUCGAAUGGGGAAUGUGCUCUCCUUGCUCCCAAGUGUGCUGAGUUCCACCUAUAAGAUGCUGGACGAUAUGGAGCUGAUGUAUAUAAUGAAUAAGAAGGAUAACUCGUUUUUUAACUUUUUUACAGGAAGAGAGUAUGUAUGAGUUUUGUUAAAUAUUUGAAAGAAAAUAUUGCAUUUUUUG